AGCAGGCGAUUGAGAGUGCAGCACCCACAAAAUCGGUCGACGGCCGUGUAGCGGCCCCGCAGGAAAAAAAGUGCAGUUUUUCUGAGAAAAACCUCCCCUUUCCGGUGGAAAUUAUCGCGAAAAGUUGCGCCGCGUUCGGGCGCGGUCGUUGCGAGGGUAAAGUGCGCGAAAAACGGGCGAUUUUCCGGCGAAAAGUGCGUUUUUCUUGCGCGACAAACGCUGAAUUUGCUUUUCUUACUUUUUUUUUUCGUCGACGGCAGACAUUCAUUCAGGAGGAAGGGUGCGUGCGUGUGUGUGUGAGAGAGAGGGAGGGAGACGGAGAGAGAGAGAAAGCAACAAAAGGUGCAUCGCGAAACCGGAGAAGAACUUUCUGAAGUGAGGGCCCCCCAAAACCCGCAACGACGGAGAGCAGAAUGAAGCGGAAGGCGUCUGCGGGCGUCGACCUGACCACCCAGACGCUGCUGGACUUUGACCUCGGUGAGAGCUCGUCCGAUUCGGACUUUCGCAUCGAGGACCACGACGACGACAGCGACGACUGCUCGGCCGGUUCGAAGGAGGACGACGACGAUGGGGGUGGGGGAGGUGGUGGUGGCGGCUCGGAUGACGACGAUGAUGAUGAUGAUGAUGGGAACAGCGGGUCGAGUGAUGGGUCGGACGAGGGAGAUGAGGAUGAGGGGAGUGAGGACAGUGGAACGACGGGGAGUGGUUCCAAGGGGAAGGAGAAGGAGGGGGAGAAGGUGGUGGAGGUGGUGAAGAAGGUGGUGAGUUUGGAGGAGGCGUUGAAGAAGAGCGUGAAGGGGAUGGACAAGGCGACGUUGAAGUUGCUGUCGGCGUCGAUUUGCUGUGCGUGUUUGGGCGAUCGGAGUGACGAUCAGAACGAGAUUGUGGAGUGCGAUGGGUGCGGGGUGACGGUGCACGAGGGUUGCUACGGGGUUAGUGAGAGUACGAGCGUGAGCAGUACGGUGUCGUCGUGUUCGACGGAGCCGUGGUUCUGUGAGGCGUGUAAGGCCGGGGUGAGCGAUCCGGACUGCGAGCUGUGUCCGAACAAGGGUGGGAUUUUCAAGGAGACGGACGUGGGGAAGUGGGUGCACCUGGUUUGUGCGCUGUACGUGCCGGGGGUGGCGUUCGGGGAGGUUGACCAGCUGUCGUCGGUGACGCUGUUCGAGAUGCCGUACAACAAGUGGGGCGCCAAAACGUGCAGCUUGUGUGAUGAUGCGAAGUACGCGAGGACGGGCGUUUGUAUCGGGUGUGACGCCGGGAUGUGUAAGACGUACUUUCACGUGACUUGUGCGCAGUACGCUGGGUUGCUGUCGGAGGCGCACUCGGAGGAGGCGGACCAGGCGGAUCCGUUUUACGCGCACUGUAAGAUCCACUCGGAUAAGACGUUGAUCAAACACCGGAAGAGGAACUACAACGCGAUCCGGUUGAAGGGCAUUCAGCGGAAGAUGGAGCAGGAAGCGAAACGGUUGGAGAAGCCUUCGCCGGAGCAGGUGAGGAUUGAGCGGAAGUUGGCCAAGCACCGGAAGAAGUACGUGCACCACAAGGAGACGAAGAAUCCUCCGUGGGUUCCGACGCAGAAGAUGCCACGGUUGAUCACGACUUCGGCGACGGCCUGCAAGAAGCUGUUGCUGAAGGCGGAACUCAUGGGCAUUGACACUGCUGCGAUGGAGUUCCAGGAGGCGCAGAUGACCGCGUUGGCGGAUGUCCGCAAGAAGUGGCACAUUCCACCGGCGUUCAGCGUCGAGUUCAUCGGGUAUUACCUGGAUCGUACGGUGCGUCUUAAGGAGAUCAAGAAGAAUCUGCAGCAGCAGGUCACCUCGAAUCAGCAGCUGUUGGACGAGCAGCAACGACUCCGGGACAAGUACGACUCUACGAUGAAGAUCAACCAGGAAGCGCUGAACCAGAACGAUGAUCUGAAGGACGCCAUCCGGAAGCUGUACGACGACAUUCACGCUCUCUGCCCGAACAAGGCUCUGAUCCCGAUCGAGCAGAUCGGGAAACCACCGUCGGUCCCUCCAAUGGUCGCAAACCCCAGCGUAGUGAUCAACACGCCCAGCUCAACGCCCCCUGCUCGUACCAUAACGGUCCCAACGGCCGCCGCCCUCAAAAUGGGCGUCGGAUUCCCACUGCAGAACCUCAUCGCCCCGGGCAAACGGGACGACACCGGCCGAAUUCUCAGCACCCAGUGCAAGCAAAACAGCGAAGAACUGCUGAACGAGUGCGGAAUCUGCAAGCGCUGCUCCGACCAGCACCUCCUCGCCAAGUGCGACACCUGUCAUCUGUACUACCACCUCGGCUGUCUCAACCCACCACUCACGCGGCACCCCAAAAAGUCCAAACUGUACGGCUGGCAGUGCUCCGAGUGCGACAAGUCGGACGACUCUGGCCCCGAGCACGUAAUCCUGCCGAAAGCCCCGCGCAAGUCCCGAACCCGGUACAGCAAGGACGGCAUCAUCGUCCCGUACGACAUGCCCUCGCCAGAGUUUGAAAAGUCCCCGGAAAGCACACCCGUCGUGUCCGUUGCGCCAACCUCCCAGCCCAAACGACCCCGCAAGAGUGGCACCGGAGAUAGUCCCAGCAAGGUGGCGGUCGCAAACGGUAUCGAGACGAAGGACCUGCUGCUGGAGAUCCCGAAAAUCGACCAGGAACUGGCGGAGAAGCUGAGCGCUGGGGAAACCUCGGUGGAGAUGUUGACGCCGAAGGCGUCUGCACCGCCGGUCAAGCGAGGUCGCAAGAAGAAGGUCACCGAACCGACUUCCCCCGAUAAGGAGGUUCCAAAGCAGGAAGACGUCAAACCCAAGGUUGAAGUCAUCGAAAUCCCGGACUCUCCGGUGAAGAAGCCCGAGCAGCCAAAGGAAGAACCCGCUCCGGAGGUCGUGGAACCCCCCGCCAAACCCAAAGAGGUCAAACCGGAAAAGAAGAAGAAACUGAAGACUCCUGCGGAGCCGGCUCCAACGGAGCCUGAACCACCCGCUUCCGCGAGUUCCCAGGAAACGCUCACUUCGGCGGAAUCGGCCAUCACGUUGACAGCGACCUCCAGCGAAUCGCUGGAGCAAGCACCUCCAGCCGCCAAAGCGACCAUCGAACCGGCUCCGGACGGCGUGGAAGUUCCACCUGCGGUGGACGCCGCCACGGCCGGCACGUCCGGAACCGGCGGCUUUUCCUCGUCGUCCUCGUCGCACAAGCACAGCAAGCGGAAAAAGGAAAAGCACCGCAAUCGGUCCCCGCACGAGGACGGAUCGCCCGCGAAGGAGCACAAGCGCAAACGGAAGCGGAAGAACCACGACAUGGAGAAUCCGAACGACGUUCCUGGUUUUGUCGCAUCCGGUGGGGAGGACAACCGACCGCGGAUUAAGAUCAAGAUCAAAUCGGUGCUGGACGGUUCCAACACGCACACCAUCUUCUACGUUCCGAACGACAGCAUAGUCGGAGAGGAACCGCCGCGGCCUUCGGCCAGCAGCGAAGCGUUGACGACGAGUACCCCGCUGGCAUCCCCCGUCGUAACUCCGGCCACUCCGCCGCCACCGGAAAAACUCAAACCAACGCCACGACCACAAUCGUCCCUCGCGGCAUCCGUAUCGGCUCCAGUAAUCUCGCAGAAUCCACCACCCACGAAACCCGCAAGCUCCGGUGGACGGGGAGGCGCUCGCGGAGGCCGGCGGCUUAGCAUCGGACGGCCCAGCAGGGCCAGCUUGGCGAACCUGUCCGCGGGAAGCACCGGCAGCAGUAACAACACAUCGUCGAUGGGUGGCGCCGCUGGCGGCGCGGAAUCGAUGCGCUGUGACGUGUGUCAGGGGCCGGGCAGUGCGAGCAACGUUGUGCAGUGCGACGAAUGUCACAAGAACUACCACUUUGGCUGUUUGGACCCGCCGGUGAAGAAGUCUCCGAAGCGACGCGGCUACUCCUGGCACUGUGCCGACUGUGAUCCGACGGACACGGAAACCAACUGAAGAAGCACUGCCGAAACAGACCAGUAAUGGCGCCCGGUUUUUGCACCAAAAACAGUGAUACCAACUGCUUACGCUGCAGCAGCACGAGAAUCACUGAAUUCCAAGCCACUCAGUCAACGCGAGAAAAA